AUGGACGUUAGAGGCUGCAACAUUAGUGGCUGCAACAUUAGUGGCUGCAACAUUAGUGGCUGCAACAUUAGUGGCUGCAACAUUAGAGGCUGCAACAUUAGUGGCUGCAACAUUAGUGGCUGCAACAUUAGUGGCUGCAACAUUAGAGGCUGCAACAUUAGUGGCUGCAACAUUAGAGGCUGCAACAUUAGAGGCUGCAACAUUAGUGGCUGCAACAUUAGUGGCUGCAACAUUAGUGGCUGCAACAUUAGAGGCUGCAACAUUAGUGGCUGCAACAUUAGAGGCUGCAACAUUAGUGGCUGCAACAUUAGUGGCUGCAACAUUAGAGGCUGCAACAUUAGUGGCUGCAACAUUAGAGGCUGCAACAUUAGUGGCUGCAACAUUAGAGGCUGCAACAUUAGAGGCUGCAACAUUAGUGGCUGCAACAUUAGUGGCUGCAACAUUAGUGGCUGCAACAUUAGAGGCUGCAACAUUAGUGGCUGCAACAUUAGAGGCUGCAACAUUAGAGGCUGCAACAUUAGUGGCUGCAACAUUAGUGGCUGCAACAUUAGUGGCUGCAACAUUAGUGGCUGCAACAUUAGUGGCUGCAACAUUAGAGGCUGCAACAUUAGAGGCUGCAACAUUAGUGGCUGCAACAUUAGUGGCUGCAACAUUAGUGGCUGCAACAUUAGAGGCUGCAACAUUAGUGGCUGCAACAUUAGUGGCUGCAACAUUAGUGGCUGCAACAUUAGAGGCUGCAACAUUAGAGGCUGCAACAUUAGAGGCUGCAACAUUAGUGGCUGCAACAUUAGUGGCUGCAACAUUAGUGGCUGCAACAUUAGUGGCUGCAACAUUAGAGGCUGCAACAUUAGAGGCUGCAACAUUAGAGGCUGCAACAUUAGUGGCUGCAACAUUAGUGGCUGCAACAUUAGUGGCUGCAACAUUAGUGGCUGCAACAUUAGAGGCUGCAACAUUAGUGGCUGCAACAUUAGAGGCUGCAACAUUAGUGGCUGCAACAUUAGAGGCUGCAACAUUAGUGGCUGCAACAUUAGAGGCUGCAACAAAGCCAACGACAGGAAACAAAAAUAA